AUGGAGCAAUCAGCUCAAAACCCCAUGCAGGGUUUACCCCAUGGGAACACCGCACUGCCUGCAGAAUACUGGAGCACUCUUGAUGCCGCCUAUCCCGAUCCUGAACAACACCUUCAGCAUUCAUCCCAACCUCAACCUCAACAUCAACCUCAACAACAACACGAUUCUGCAUCUCAGCCAACACCCCUUGGUAUUGGAUGGGACCAUCCUGUUUUUCAACAGCAACAAAGAGAGCUUGCACCGCGACCGGAACCAAACCAUGGCAUCUACUCGUCAAUUCAUCAGCCUUGGCAGCAAACAAACCCUCUGCAACAGCCACCGCAACGAGGGUAUGGAGCUUCGCCCCAGUUUCAGAUUCACCCGCAAGCUCCUCAAUAUCAACCAAGACAGAUGCAAUUUGACUCUCGCUCUUUAAGUGCAUCCGAUACCUCGCCAUUCCCAUCGUUUUCCUACCAGGCAAAUUACUUCCAUCCACAACACCAACACAUGCCGGUUCCAGAGACUUUCCCCGAAGCCCCCACGCAACAAGGCUUGCAGCAACGGACCCAGCAACAACCGCAGGCUUCAAUCUCUCCGUACCCUCUACCUCAAGGCUAUUCUGCAGAAAUGCUGCAAAACACGAUCGAUUUGACCAAUGACUAUCCUGAUUCAGAUCCCAGUGUCACGAUCAACCCCCAGUUCUUAAACUCCACACCGCAGACUUUCAACCCACAGCAAUCUUCCUUGGCAAACACCUUUAUCCAGGGAAUUCCUUCAGACUUCCAAAGACCAGGCACUGAACAGCUAUUCAAUUACUACCAGCAUGACCUCUCAGUACAACCACAAGCAACACCAACUGGCCAUCGAACAUUAUCAUCUACAGGUCUAAUGAUCCCGCAAGUUGUGAUACAGACUCAAAAAGUUGCCCCUAAAAAGCAACAAAUGAAGAAGAUCGGCCCGAAGAAAACUACAUCCAAAUCAGAAAGUGAAAGUUCGGACGAAUCUGAUCUUGAAAUUGAAGUGCCUGACGAACCGUCUCCUAUCCCUCCGACCCGUCCGACUGAACCUGAGGCUGCGGCUCACUAUGAUACUCUGCAAGCUGUUUGGUCACCAAGAAAUAAAUGGCCUGGUCCUGAGAAGGUAAAGAAUGCAAUGGUAGCUUACAAAGAUGUUGUCAAGGCAUUGAGAGAUGCCUGGAAGGAGCAAGUUCAAGCGAUGAAACUGGCCGAAAAUGAGGGCGACAGCAACAAGGAGGCAAAGCUCAAAGAGAAAGUCAUCUUACAACGUCGCACCAUGGACAAAAUUGCGACCACAACUUUGGAAAUGGGCCAUCCCAAUAUCGUUGAGAAGUAUGUUCCCCCUCCCCAGCCCUAUAGUCCCCCCCCUUUGCCAUAUGGCGAUGAUGGCGAUACAAAGCCUGAAGCUAUGGAGAACACGCUGGGAGAGCAUCCUAUGGUUGUGGCAGCCCUAUAUUCUUUCUUGGUCGACCGUUUCCAGGCUGCUGAUUUCGCCGGCACACUGACAAUUAAUCUGCUGAAGCUGUUCUCGCAUUUCUCGACAUUGACAGAGGAUAUGAUGCAAAAGACCAAUCUUUCCAAGUUGCUGCCUAAGUUUCUCAAAAAAGGUGGACAGCAGGUCAAGGAUCUUACCCAGAAGAUUCUAGACAAUGCCGCAGCCUCUACGAAGCGCAAGCAGGAGAAUGAAAAGUCGGUCAAAGAAGAGCCUCUUGUAAAGGGUCCUUCAGCAACUCAGCCCAAGGGAGAUGCUGGAUUGAAGCGACCCCGUGAGGUAGAGGGUAAUCUUCAACAUGGGACCAAACGAAUGGCGGUCACCACUGCCUUAAAGGAUACGAGUAAAGUUGUACCUACAGGCAAUGGGCCGGCGAAAGGAGCCCAGGCUACUAAGCCCUCUGGUGCUGCAGCCCUGCGCCCCAAGGCUACCAUCGUGGCCCCCAAGCCAACAAGUCUCUUUGGAACUCUAAGCUCAGCGUCAAAGAGACCCGGAACCACAAAUGCGGAUAGAGCUGCCGCUGCCGCUGCCGCAAAGCCUAAUGCUGCCCCAGAAAAGGAGAAGACACCAGCUCCGAAACCAACCUUUUCUUUUGGUGAUCUCAUGGCCGACUUGAACAAACCGAAGCAAGCCCCAAGCCCUAAGCCUACCGAAGAUCAGCCACCUGAGACGGAAAUGGAACGCAAAAAGCGAUUACGCAAAGAAGAACGCCGUAAACUUCGUGUGACCUGGAAGGCAGAUGAUGCUCUUACCGAAAUUCGACUGUUCACCCAUGAUCCCGAUGAAGAAUUGGGUCCUGGCGAUGGGUCAUUGCGUGGACUAGGAGACGUUAAAGGUGAAGGUAGUGUCCUCAAGCUUCACAAAGAUUUGGACGAACUGGAAGAAGAAGAUCUCGGUGUUAUCCGCGAGACUGUAUUCCAAGAUGAUUACACUAUCUCAAUGAUCGAUUUCGGAUUCGACGAACCGAAACACGGCAGUUUCGUCAAACGCGGUGGUCCUCAGCUGCCAACGAGUCCCGAACGGGAGGCCCAAGAACAUCGGGAAUCCACUACCCUUAUGGUCUUCUAUACUUCUCCUGCCGACAUGCCUGACACACCCAAAGAGCCACCCACCCCUGAUCCCGAUGAGGUUGUUACCGACAUCGUGCCUUUCGGAGAGUUGCCUGACAGCGUUAAGGCUCGUCAAGAACGAUACUACUCCUACAUCAACCCUAAGCCUGCCGCUCCCCAACAGACGCAGCAACCUACUCCCGGGGACAGUGGGUUCGACAUCUCCAAUCUGCUUAAGAUCAUCCAGGGUGUACCUGGACAGGCGCAGGCAGUCCCACCGCCGCAAUCGACGCAACCCGCGGCAAUGCCUGAUCUCGAGAGGACGAUCAACAUGUUCCGUCAACAACCUCAGUCCCAGGCUCCCCCGCCUCCUCCGAUCCCUACAUCCCAGCCUCAAGGAAUUGACUUCAAUGCGAUCUUGAACGUCAUGAAGCACAUGCAGACGCCGCCUGCUUUCCCCCAGCAAUCGCAAUCCCCAAUGCCACCCAACCUAGGCGCCAUGUUCGCGCCAUUCGGUGCACACAAUCCGCUUGUCGGUGCGCCGUUCCAGCAGCAAGGCUACGAUUAUGAAGACGCAGAGCGCAAACGAGGCCGCGAUGGCGCUUAUUAUGACGACAACCCUAAUUCUGAAUGGAGCCGUUCCAAACGGACCAGAGUCGGCGCCAAUGACCCCAAGCCUUACAAGGUGGGACUUGUCGCCUGCAGAUUCUGGGCUGAAGGCAAAUGUCGCAAAGGCGACAACUGCACUUUCCGUCAUGACCCUCUUUAA